AACUGAACCGAUAUCGUUUAUCGUACUGUGCACCAGCGCGUAAAAUAAGCCUCAAAAAAAGAAUGGCCAAAGACGAGGAGGACGAUCUGUUGCCCGACAAGGAUGCGGCAAAAGGAUUUUACGCCAAAUAUGAACCAAAGGAAAUUCUCGGCCGAGGCAUCAGUUCAACGGUGCGGCGAUGCAUCGAGAAGGAAACGGGCAAGGAGUUUGCGGCAAAGAUCAUCGAUCUCGGUGCAGCAGAAACGGGCGAUUCCAACCACAUGCUGGAAGCAACCCGUCAGGAAAUUCAAAUUCUGCGACAAGUUAUGGGACACAAGUUUAUCAUUGAACUGCAGGAUGUGUUUGAAUCGGAUGCCUUCAUUUUCCUGGUGUUUGAACUGUGCCGGCAGGGUGAGCUGUUUGACUAUCUCACGUCGGUGGUGACACUGUCGGAGAAAAAGUCCCGGUACAUUAUGCGCCAAAUAUUCGAAGGUGUCGAUUACAUACAUUCGAAGAACAUUGUGCACCGCGAUCUGAAACCGGAAAAUAUACUGCUAGAUGAUAAUCUCAACGUAAAGAUCACAGAUUUCGGGUUCGCCCGGGUACUAAAGGAGGGUGAAAAGUUGUACGAUCUCUGCGGCACUCCGGGAUACUUGGCACCGGAGACGUUGAAGUGUAACAUGUUCGAGAAUGCACCUGGAUACUCGAAGGAAGUGGACAUAUGGGCCUGCGGUGUCAUAAUGUUCACGCUACUGGUAGGUUGUCCCCCGUUCUGGCACCGUAAGCAGAUGGUAAUGCUACGUAACAUCAUGGAAGGCAAAUAUAGCUUCACGUCCCCUGAGUGGGCCGAUAUUUCCGAGGAUCCAAAAGAUCUGAUUCGCAAAUGUCUGGUGGUAGAUCCAUCGAAGCGAAUCACCGUCACAGAAGCACUGAAGCAUCCGUUCUUCAACACAGUACUUUUCGAGCAAGACAUUGGACCUCUGAAACGGAGCCUUUCGGUUAAAUCGAGGCGCUUCAGUCGCAUUGCUGAUCUGGCACUGUUACGUAAGCAAAGCCAGUUCAACGCUAGGAAAAAGUUUCAGUUUGCUAUACUGUGCGUACGCGCUAUGAUCCGGAUCAAGAGGCUACGGUACACGCCGGAACCGCUGCGUGUGGAGGAUGCGCUCAGGGACCCGUAUCGCGUCAAAGUACUGCGCAAGGUCAUCGAUGGAUGUGCAUUUCGAGUGUACGGCCACUGGGUCAAGAAGGGCGAGGGCCAAAACCGGGCCGCUCUGUUCGAGAAUACGCCUCGAUGCGAAGUUUAUAAUCUUUAUAUCAACAGCCUUAAUCGAUAGGCUGU